UGGGCUCCACGCUGGGAAAGAGCUCAGAGUCGGAUUGAGUGUGCGGUGGAGGCUUAAAGCUACAGCGCUCCGAGCAAGCCAAGCGAACGGCUAUAGAACCCUCAGCCAGGCCGCUUGUUUCAGCUUUAGAGGCAAACAGAGCGCAAAGUCAGCUGAGUUGCCUGAGAAUAUUGUUGCUCCAAGGAAGAGGGACCGGCCACUUUUCGUAACAAAGUGACUUUGUGGCUGGCUCUGAUCAGCUGCCCACUACGGGAACAGAGUGAACUUGCCAGAUCCACCCCGCUGGAGCGACAAGUGCCUGGAUCUCUUGAUUCUUCUCCAUCCCGAAGAGACUGAAGUUGUGGAGGUCCGGCACCCCUCUCCAUAAGCAGAAAAGGGGGCAAGGAGUUUGGGUAACUUUUCUGAGCGCUCUUGACAACCUCUCCGGGGAAAGGAAGGCGAACAAGAUUCAAACAAGUGUGUUUGAAACUCGCUAAGGCUCCGGCAACCCAGGACACUCCCACGAGGAGGAGAAAAAGGACUUUAAAAGUUACUGGACUUGCGAGCUGGACUUCAUCCCUGCCUGGAGUGAUAUGGGGGAGCAAUAAGGUGUGAGCGACGCUUAUAAAGCACGCGAGUGACUUUGCAACUCCGGAAUUCUUUGGCUGAGAGAGUCCCGCGCUUCAAAAAGAACUUAACUUUUUGGAACUGAUGCUCAUACAAAGCCGCCUUAGCUGAAAAAGUCACUGAUUGAUCAACCAAGUCUUCCUUAACGAGUGAAGAAGGGAACACGGGAAGAGCGAAGCCAAUGCCUGGUGGCAAAAAAGUAAGACUUUAAUUGAUCACUCUUCUGUUUUCCAAAGGACUUUUUCAUUGUUGAAAGUCUUUAAACAAAUAUUACAGCAAUUGCAGCAGAAGGUGAACUCAGACGCUAUAGGAGGUGACCAGUAGUAGCUUCCUUUCCUUGGUUUGUUUUUGACUGUAGAAGAACAAACUUGUGGACUGUAUUCUAUGACUGCAAAGAUGGAACCUACAUUUUAUGAUGAUGCCAUAAAUGCUAGCUUUGUACAGCCAGAAAGUGGUACUUAUGGAUAUAAUAAUCCCAAAGUUCUGAAGCAGAACAUGACUCUCAAUCUGGCUGACCCUUCCAGUAACCUCAAGCCCCACCUGAGGAACAAGAACGCCGAUAUCCUGACCUCCCCAGAUGUGGGCCUCCUCAAGUUGGCAUCUCCUGAACUGGAAAGGCUGAUCAUCCAGUCUGGCAAUGGACUGAUCACCACCACUCCAACCCCAACCCAAUUCCUCUGCCCUAAGAAUGUAACUGAUGAGCAAGAAGGGUUUGCUGAAGGCUUUGUCAGGGCACUUGCAGAGCUGCACAAUCAAAACACGAUGCCCAGUGUUACUUCUGCUGCUCAACCUGUGAACACGGGCAUGGCCCCUGUCUCAUCUAUGGCUGGAAACAAUGGCUUCAACACCAACUUGCACAGUGAACCUCCAGUCUAUGCCAACCUCAGCAAUUUCAACCCCAAUGCACUCAACACAGCACCUAACUACAACACAAACAACCUGGGCUAUCCUCCACAGCAUCAUCUGAACCCCCAGAUGCCAGUGCAGCAUCCACGCCUUCAAGCUCUGAAAGAAGAGCCUCAGACUGUCCCAGAAAUGCCUGGGGAGACUCCUCCCCUGUCCCCUAUUGACAUGGAAUCCCAGGAGAGGAUCAAGGCGGAGAGGAAGCGCAUGCGAAACCGAAUCGCAGCCUCCAAAUGCCGGAAAAGGAAAUUGGAACGGAUUGCCAGGUUGGAAGAAAAAGUGAAAACUUUGAAAGCCCAGAACUCAGAACUGGCAUCCACUGCCAACAUGCUGCGAGAGCAGGUUGCACAGCUGAAGCAGAAGGUCAUGAAUCAUGUCAACAGUGGGUGCCAGCUAAUGCUCACACAGCAGUUGCAAACUUUUUGAAGAGACUGAAAAGUAACUGUGAUGGGGAGAAAUUAAGCAAAAGAGAGAGAGAGAGGUUGGGAGGUGGAAUGCUCACUUGGGGGGCGGAAAGAAAAGGCUGAAAGGCAUUGAUUCCGGAGAGUGCUUUCCCCCCCAAAAGCAUGUGUGGAGAGACUGGUGUGCCUUUUGGUUUGAAGUGGUGGCAAACCAGUCAGCAGUACAGCUCUACAAAGUGCUGUCCCUGCUUGGAUGAGGCACGAGGGCUUUUUUUAACAUUGACCAAGACCUGCAUGGACCUAACAUUCAAUGAUCAUUCAGUAUUAAAGGUUAAACUGCAGUAGACACUGUAGAUUGCUUUCUCUAGUACUCCUUUUUAAAGAAAAGAAAUGGGGAGGGCGUUUGAGGGAAGCUAGCAGAAGCUGAACUAUACUUACUGCCUGCCUUCGAGUCAAGUUGUGUAUGUACUUUUUUUUUAAUUUUAUGAAAGCUGAUUAAUGUCAAUAAAACUACUUCAUGACUUUGUAAGUUAUUUUUAUGUUCAUUUGGGUUCUGCCCAGAAUUGUUUGUAAAUAAGAUUUUUUUUUUUAGCACUCUUGAGUUUACCAUUUGUAAUAAAGUAUAUAAUUUUC